AUGUCAUUAAGAACAUUGGGAUUACAAUCAACCUUCAGCCGCUUUUUCAAAGGCGGAGAAACAGACACUGUGGUGCGGGCUGUGCUGACAGUCUUGGACUUUAAAAGAUUUCCUCAGGAAUCUUUAGACAACAUUAUUACACGAUGCGAUCAAGAGAUCGGUGGCUAUUCAACAGUUGCUGUGGACUAUGUUCCCGAAACUCAAACAGGAAGAUUCACUGGUUAUUUAAACUUGGACUUACCUAAAGAUAACCCAGAAAUUACUCGUUCAGGGUAUGCCAUGUUUAGAACAAAAGAUCAAAAGGAAAGUUGGCUUGUAGGUGACAGAUUUUGGGAUUGGUCUCAAUUUUCAAGCUUAGUCUUGAGAGUUAGAGGUGAUAGACGGAAAUAUUUGGUAAACAUUCAAGCUAACACUCCAUUGAUCACUGAUUUAUUUCAACAUCGGUUAUUCUUGAACACUCCUGGUGAGUGGGAGACUGUAGUGAUCCCAUUGAAUGACUUUGUCAUGACCAACUGGGGUGUAAUUCAAGAUGGCUGUGAAUUGAACAAGAAUGAAGUUAAAACAUUUGGAAUUGGCUUAUUGGAUAAGCAAUAUGGUCCAUUUAACUUGGACAUUGAUUGGGUUAAGGUUAUGACUGGUGUAGAGGUUGAACGUCUUGCUAACAAAAAUAGAAAAACUGCCAUGGGAUUACAAGGUAGUGAGACCGCUACAAGUGAUGCAGCAACUGCAGCAGCAGCUGCAACUUCAUCGAUUUCUACAGAGGGUCCAGAGUUCGAAUUGGAAGAUGAUUCUUAUGAACAUGGUGCUGCUAUUCCUUCAAGAAUGCCACAUGAACCCCAUAAUAAAGUGAUAUAA